AUGUCAACUGUUGAACUUAUACCAUUAGAUAAAGGUAAUCGACUUAUUCUCGAUGAUACAACGGUAACAACUAUUGGUCGUACACCAAAUAUUGGUUGUACGGAUAAGAAAAUUUCUCGUAAUCAUGCUGAACUAAACAUUAAAUCUGAUGGAACUCUAUGGAUAAAACCUAUUCAUCAUAAUCCAACAUUUUAUAGAACUAAAACAAAUCAAUUGACAACAUUAACAAAAGAUCAAGAAUUUCAAUUGAACGAUAAUGAUGAAAUUGGUUUAUUACCAAAUGAAUAUUUUUAUCGUAUUUCAAUUAAACAAAAAGAUGAACAAGAAACACUUAUAGAUUCAUCCACAGUAACUAAAUCGCCUAUACAUCAAGAAGAAGAAAAACACAUAGAACCAUCAGCAGUAUCAAAAUCACCAAUUCAACAAGAGGAGAAUUCUUCAUCAUGUCAAGAUAAAUCUUCGACAAGUGUUACUAAGGUACAACCGGAAGGUGGUAUUAUAUUACAUACAACACGUGCAUUACCAGCGUGGAUGUCUACUAGUUCAGUAUCUGAAACGAAAAGUCCUAAAGGACGAGGUAAAGGAAAACAAACUACAACACCAGUCAAAGCUAGUCCAUCACCAUCUAAAUAUCGAACAUAUAUCGGACGAAAAAAAUCUGAAGGAGUUGUGUAUGAUGAUGAUGAUGAUGACGAAGAAUCAAAUGAAGAAUCUGCUAAAAAAGUGACUCCACCAACAGUAGAUCAAGUAUCAUCGAAAGUUACUAAUCCAGUUAAACGCGAGCGAUGUCCAUAUGGAAAAUUUUGUUAUAGAAAAAAUCCAACUCAUCUUCAAGAAAAUAUACAUCCUGGCGAUCCAGAUUGGAAUAAUAAAGAAAAUGAUAGCAGUGAUAAAAAGCCUGAAUGUCCAUAUGGAACUGAUUGCUAUAGAAAAAAUCCUGAUCAUCUUAAGGAAUAUAGUCAUACUCAAAAACGAUCAACAAUCACUACAGCUAAACCACGAACAUCAAAACGUAAACGAAGUGACGAUGAAGAUGAUGAUGAUGGAUUACCGAAUGAAUAUGAUUAUAAUGAUAGUUUUCUUGAUGAUGAAGAUAUUGAUGAUAGUGCACGUAGUGAUCGUACGGGAGUUUCUGAACCAGAUCCUGAUCGUGAUUGGAAACCACGUAAGAAAGUUGGACCGGCAGGCGCUGAUGAUGACGACGAAGAUAUUUCAACGGAUGAAAGCGAAAUAGAUUUAUUGAAAAACGAAGCAGCUGAAUUUGUUCAAGGUUCGUCUGUCAACCAACAACGUCCUGCGAAAAAGAAAGCACGCAUGUCUAUGUCGGAUGAAGAUGAUUAG